AGUUCGACACGUGAAAAGUGGGACAGGCAAACCGUUUGAGUUGCUACCUAAAUUCUUUUGUAGAGUUUUGCUCUAAUUGACCAUCGGGUGUUGAUAAUUGAAGUCAACUAUAAACUCUUGGUGUUGGGAAAUGAUUGAUUUAACGGAAGAAAUAACAGAACCGUCAUCCAUACACAUUACAGAUGAAGAUCAGAGAAGAGCUGGUGAUAUUUUUCUGGAUUAUAGCGUAUUUACCAAACCCGUAUAUGAAACACCAAAAAAGCCACAACCUAAACAAACCGGAAUUAGAAAUAUUAUGAUUACAUCAGCAUUGCCUUAUGUAAACAAUGUACCUCAUCUGGGCAACAUGAUUGGAUCGACCUUAAGUGCAAGUGUAUUCGCUUUGUACUGUGAUUUGGCUGGAUAUAAUGUGCUAUCUAUUUGUGGAACUGAUGAAUAUGGAACUGCGACUGAAGCAAAAGCAGUCUCAGAGAAUAUGACUCCUCGUCAGAUCUGUGAUAAGUUUCAUAAGUUGCAUUGUGAUAUAUACAAAUGGUUUCAAAUUGAAUUCGAUUAUUUUGGACGAACUACUACUGAUCAACAUACCGAAAUAGUUCAGGAGUUGUUUAAACGCCUGUGGGAUAAUGGUUUUAUCACUGAAGAUUCUGUUGAACAGUUGUAUUGCGAAAAAUGCCCAAAAUUUCUUGCAGAUCGUUUUGUUGAAGGAGUUUGCCCUUUGUGUAAAUACGAUGACGCACGAGGUGAUCAAUGUGAUAAAUGCGGGCGUCUCAUGAAUGCUGUCGAAUUAAUCGAACCACGUUGUAAGAUAUGUUGUCAAAGACCCGUGGUGCGUUCUUCACGCCAUUUGUUUCUUGACCUUCCAAAGAUUGAAAGCAAGUUGAGUACAUUCGUUGAACAACGUAUUAACGAUUCCUCUUGUAUAUGGACCUCAAAUGCUUGUACUAUAUCAAAUUCAUGGUUGAGAGAUGGUUUAAAGCCAAGGUGUAUUACACGUGAUUUGCAUUGGGGUGUACCAGUUCCAUUGGAAGCUUAUAAAGAUAAGGUGUUUUAUGUUUGGUUCGAUGCACCUAUUGGUUAUAUUUCGAUUACGGCAAAUUACACAAAACACUGGAAGGAAUGGUGGCAACCAUCUGAUGACAGUGAAAUUGAAUUAUUCCAAUUUAUGGCAAAAGAUAAUGUUCCAUUUCAUGCUAUUGUAUUUCCUUCAUGUUUGUUAGCAGCCGAUGCUGGUUAUACUCUCGUAAAACAUCUACUUUCUACUGAGUAUAUGAACUAUGAAAAUACCAAAUUUUCAAAAAGUCGUGGAAUUGGUGUAUUUGGUGAUGAUGCAAUGAAAUCAGGUGUUAUAUCAGAUGUUUGGAGAUUUUAUUUACUGUAUCGUAGACCUGAAUCACAAGAUAGUGCUUUUAUCUGGGAUGAUUUCAUGUUGGUAAAUAACUCAGAAUUGUUGAAUAAUUUAGGUAAUUUUGUUAAUCGAUCUCUUUCUUUUGUGUCACGAUUUUUCAAUUCGAUUAUUCCAUCAAUAACAAAAUUAGAACCGGUUGAUAGGGAAUUUUUGGCCAGAAUUAAUAAACUCUUCGCUACUUAUAUGCGCAAUAUGGAGUUAUGUCAUCUUCGAGAUGCUAUUCGAAAUGUAUUGACAAUUGCUCGUCUUGGUAAUGGUUACUUUCAAGCUAAUCAACCGUGGGUCGCUGUUAAAAAACCGGAAACAAAGUUCGUUCAUAUCUUUUAUUAAACUAAAUUAUAUUGAUAUUACCUUCCCUUGUGGUGUAAUUUUUAUUUAUUUAUUUAAGAGGAAUUAGCUUUUCCAAUAAUUAAACAAUUUGAAAUCUAAGAUGCUUAGGUCUUUACUGAAUUGAGUGCUUUAUAUUUACCUUGGUAUUAACAUGUUGACCAGUUAUGAUAUUAAAAUUAACAAAGAUUUUCUCUGGUAUUCUGAAACUUUCCACAAGGAAAUUCCUAUCAUACACAUAUGUGUGUCAGCCUACUUAACGUGUUCCACUAUGGUUUUGCCAUUCAAAGCGUUAUUUCAACAUUAGUCAAAGCCACUUGUAUGACCAACGAUUUUUUGUACAUUUCCAAAAUCUCAUCUCUUUGUUAUCUUAAACUUGUUUAUAUGAUUGUUAACCUGGAACUUACGUUAAAAUUAUUAUUUGUAAAAUGGUAUGUUUAUUCAUUACAUUAAAUGCAAGCGAAUCUAUGAUAUAGUAUCUGUAUAUUUUUAUUGAAUACUACUCUAGUGACAUUUAUAUUUGUCAGUAAACUCAUCACUACUUGUUUAAUUCAGCGAUAUAACUAGGGAGAUCACUCAUAAUGUUGUCACUAACAGAACAGGGAAUAGUGUCUAUUGUUUGUAUCUCUUCUUUUACAUAUGCGGUAUACGUUAUAUUAAAAAAAUUAGAUUAUGUCAGUGAGUUUCCUGUUUUUAUAGUCAUAAAGUAUUUAUUGUGCAUAUUAUCAUCAAAAAUUCCAACCUUAAGGAAACUCCCGGUCAUUUGAUUAUUGGUAAGCGUUUUUGCAUUAUCCAUCGCCCAGUGUUGCUAUAUUCUGUUGGUUUUGCUAUGCUAUUUCAAUUGGAUAUGUCAACUGAUGGUGUGUAGACACUCGAUUUUUAACUAUUGGGUUUUUUAAUCUUAAGAUCGACUAAUAUAACAAUAAAUUAUUAGAUGAAAUUUGCAAAUUUUAUUAUAUGUUUAAUCAAAACAGAAAGGCACAUAAUAUUUUUAUUACAUCCUGAAAUUUUUUAGUCUUGGACAGUUUUUCGCAUACAUACGUUAAUAUUUGAGUAGUUAGUAUUUGUUAUAUAAACUGUAAUAAAUUCUCAAAUAUAAUAUUGUGUGAGAUAGUUAUUUAAAGGCUUUAAUAAAAUCUUUCUAAUUAUAAUCAACAUUUACUUUCUGUAUACAUGCUUUUGGAUUACUUUCAAAUUAUGUCACACAUAAAAACAUUUCAGACAGCGUUCUGGUGUUGUGAUAAGCGUUGCUGCGAAUGUUGCUUGUCUUCUUGGUGCUAUGAUUUAUCCUUACAUGCCUACAAUUGGAAAACAGAUCUGGAUUGAGCAGUGUGAUCUUCCGGAAUCCCAAAUGAGUUUCGUGCAGAUUAUUAAAAAUGAAUUUACAGUGAAGAGGUUGUUACCUGAUGGUCAUCGUAUUGGAAAGCCAGUCCCUCUUUUUCGGAAAAUAGAUCCUGAUGAAAUCAAACGUUUGUCUCAAGUUUACAGUGGUUCAUCUGCUGCGUCUGUGACUAAUGGAAAUGAGCCGAAGUAAAAGAAUCAUUAAUGUAUGUGUGACUUUACUGUGACAAUUAAUUUAUCAACGUACUUGUUCUAACUAUUGCUUCACCACUUAUGUACUUUAUGGAAUACAUGUACCUUUUAAAGCAU